AUGAACGUCCUCGCUGAUCAGGCUACCGAAGAAAGGGGCGAAAACGCCCGUUUGUCAUCCUUCGUGGGUGCCAUGGCCUUGGGCGACUUGGUCAAGUCUACCCUUGGUCCCAAGGGCAUGAACAAGAUCCUGCAAUCGGCCUCUAACAGCUCCAUCACCGUCACGAACGACGGCGCCACCAUCCUCAAAUCCAUCCACCUCGACAACCCUGCCGCCAAAAUCCUCGUCAACAUCUCCAAAGUCCAAGACGAUGAAGUCGGAGACGGGACCACCUCUGUGUGUGUACUUGCAUCCGAGCUUUUGCGCGAGGCCGAGAAGCUCGUGACCGACAGAAAGGUGCACCCGCAGACUGUCGCGGAGGGAUACAGGAUCGCGAGCAAAGCGGCUUUGGAGGCUCUGGAGGCUUCAGCGGUGGACCACAAGGAAGACACUGCCAAGUUCAGGGAGGACUUGUUCAACAUCGCGAGGACUACUCUGAGUAGCAAGGUGUUGGCCCAGGACAAGGACUACUUUGCGAACCUUGCGGUGGAUGCCGUGUUGAGGCUCAAGGGGUCCACUGAUCUGGAGCAUAUCCAGAUCAUCAAAAAGGUCGGCGGAAAGUUGACAGACUCUUACCUUGAUGAGGGUUUCAUCUUGGACAAGACUAUCGCUACCAACUCCCCAAAGAGAAUAGAAAACGCCAAGAUCUUGAUCUCCAACACCUCCAUGGACACCGACAAGAUCAAGAUCUUUGGUGCCCGAGUUCGUGUCGACGGUACUUCCAAGCUCGCCGAGCUCGAGCGUGCCGAGCGUGAAAAGAUGAAGCAAAAGGUCCAGGCCAUCGCUGCUCACGGCGUCACCUGUUUCGUCAACCGUCAGCUCAUCUACAACUAUCCCGAAAAUUUGCUUGCCGAGAACGGCAUCAUGUCGAUCGAGCACGCUGAUUUCGAAGGUGUGGAGCGACUGGCCCUCGUCACUGGAGGUGACAUCACGUCGACAUUCGAUGCCCCCGACAAGGUCAAGAUUGGUCGAUGUGACUUGAUUGAGGAGAUCAUGAUUGGUGAAGACAAGCUCAUUAAAUUCUCUGGUGUUGCCGCCGGUGAAGCCUGUACCGUCGUCCUCCGAGGUGCCACCUCCCAGAUGGUCGAGGAGGCCGAGCGAUCCUUGCACGACGCCCUUUCUGUUCUCUCUCAGACCGUCAAGGAGACUCGUGUCACCCUUGGUGGAGGCUGUGCCGAGAUGCUCAUGUCGUGCAAGGUCGAGGAGGCUGCCAGGACCGUCAAGGGCAAAAAGGCCCUCGCCGUCGAGUCCUUUGCCCGUGCCCUCAGGCAGAUGCCCACCAUCCUCGCCGACAACGGUGGUUACGACUCUUCCGACCUUGUGACCAAGCUCAGGGCGGCGCACUAUGAAGGCCAGACCGAUGCGGGGCUGGAUAUGGACAAGGGUGAAGUGGGGUCGAUGCUGGAGUUGGGUAUCACCGAGAGCUUCAAGCUGAAGAAGCAGGUGGUUGUCAGUGCGAGCGAAGCUGCAGAGAUGAUCUUGCGUGUGGACAAUAUCCUGCGCAGUGCCCCAAGACGGCGAGAGGCGGUGUAA